AUGCAAUUAUUUCCUAGUAUAAACAAUACCGGCAAAAAACCUCAAAAUGAGUUAAUUCUAAUAUCUUCUACUGAUGGCAGGUUUCACAUAGUAAAUUACAACGGGCGCAUUGAAAAAAGCACAAAUGCGCAUCAGGGAGCAUGCUUGGUGGCUAUUUGGAGCCCUAAUGCAGAUGGAAUUUUAACAGCUGGAGAAGACGGUUGUGUAAAAGUUUGGUCAUGUAAUGGAUUACUCAGAUCGACUGUGGUGGAAUCCGAAGUACCAUGUUAUAUGGCCCUAUGGAGCCCUGAUAGUAAUGGAAUAUUAUACACUAAGAGGAAUUAUUUAAUUAUUCAUCAUUUGCAAGCAAAAUCUAAAAUUACAAAGUGGUGGGCACACGAUGCUGUCAUAUUAUCGACUGCGUGGAAUGCCACUAACAACCUUAUUAUUUCUGGAGACGAGGAUGGAUGCGUAAAACAGCUUAUAUUUUCAAUCAAGGAGUUUUUACAACCUUGCACUUCUAUUAGCUGGUCUCCCACUGGUGAUCUAUUCGUUGCCGGAAGCUUCAACAAAAUAUCACUACACAGCGAUGAUGGCUGGCCGACCUCAUCGUUGGAUUUAUCUUUGGGCAGUAUUUAUAAUGUGGCCUGGUCACCCGAUGGAACACAGCUGGCGGCUGCCUGUGCUGACGGUCACGUUAUAUUCGCUUAUCUUAUUGACAGGACUUACAACUGGAAGAACUUCAAUUGCACGCAAAUAUCGCGCAAGGUCAUAGCGAUUAAGGACAUAACUACUGAUGAAAGCGAUCAGCUCGAUUACCCGGAUAGCGUGGUGCAAAUUGCCCUGGGCUUCGGCCACAUGGCGGUGGCCACGGUGAAGCAGUGCUUCAUUCACAAGCUGACCUCUUGGAACACACCGGUGACAUUCGACCUGAAGGACGGCGCUGUCAGCAUGAUUCUGCUAGCUCAGAGGUGCAUGUGCAUAGUGGAGAGAGGUCGACUCUCUGUAUACAGUUACACCGGCCGGCUCUUAGCAAGCCCGCAGAUCGGAUCCCGCAUGGAAGCUCGGGGACGUUCUGCAAUAUCUCUCGGCCCGGAUACUUUGGCAUCCAUCGACCAGACCAACCCUACGUUUAUACACGUGUACGACUUGCCAACUGCCACCUACUCAAUAAGCCGGGUAACGGCCGACAGCAAUGUGACAAAAAUCAAGCACUCUAUAGCUGCUUGCAGCGUUGCCUUAAGUCAGACUGGGCCGAUAAACGAGAGGCAGAUCGCGAUUAUCGACCGGAGGAGGGACCUCUACGUCAUCACUGUGAAGGAUCCGAAGCAGAAACCCGUAGUGUUGUCCCGGGCCAUAUUAAGUGUAAUGUGGAGCACUGAGUCUGAGCUAUUGGUUGGUUUAAGAAAGGAAAACAUAGUAUGUUGGGCGUACCAGAAAAGUAACACCCGACCUGAACUCUCUACGACUGUGGUCUCCAUACCAUCAAGUAACAUUGGCCAUAAUCCCCGUAUACAAAGCAUUGAGAACGGUAUGGCGACCAUAUUCCGCGGCAAAGGAUCGACUGUUAUGCAUAUUUCUCUCGGUAUAGUCCACGUGGAGAUGUUGUUGAAAUAUAUUGCAUCGAACAUGUGGAACGAAGCCCUACAGCUUUGUCGCACGCUUAAAGACAACAGACUGUGGGGUUGCCUUGCAGAGCUGUCUUUAGAGAGAAACCAGUUAGACAUUGCUGAGGAAGCAUUCACGGAAGUGCAUCAGUAUGCUGAAGUUUUCAGAAUUCAGCACAUAAAACACAUUAGAAGUACCGGUGGAAAAGUCUCACCAGCGGAA